CUCGCGAUGUUUCCGUGCUUUGUGAACAGCCUCUCGGUCUGGACACAAAUAAGCUGCUUGCGCAUCUCAGCUGACGCGGCGGGAACGGGGAGAGCUCGAGACCCUGGCGGAGGGUGUCAACAUGGGGAAGUGGAGGUGGUUCCGUGUCUCUCUGGUUCUGGGUUCAGUCUUUAUGAUCCUGUUGAUUAUUCUCUACUGGGACGACGUUGGAGCCUCUCACCUCUACCUGCCCCCCCUCUCCCCCCGGCCCGCCCCUCACCACUCCCCCACACACCCAACCCCCUCCUUCCUCUCCGACAUCAAUGCCUUUGUAAACCAGUUCCUGGAGGGAACCAAUGAUCCUACAGAUUCCGCCCCCCCAGACUCUGCCAACCAAUCAGAGCACGCUGAGGAGCGGUACGUUCCCCGGAGGGAGUGGAAAGUCCAUCUGACGCCCAUCGACCCCGAGAAACGACUAGGACAGGAGAGAAGGCGGCAGCGUCUCCAUGACCUCUGUCACCAUGGUGAUGACCUGGCUUUUCCGGGGAAGAACCGUUCGUUUGACGACAUCCCCAACAGGGAGCUGGAUCACCUGAUCGUCGACGACCGCCACGGUAUCAUAUACUGCUACGUCCCCAAGGUGGCGUGUAGUAACUGGAAGAGGAUCAUGAUCGUGCUCAGUGAGAGUCUGCUCCAGGAGGGAGUUCCGUACAGGGACCCUCUGGCGGUUCCUCAGGAGAUGGUCCACAACAGCAGCCUCCACUUCACCUUCAACAAGUUCUGGAAACGCUACGGGAAGUUCUCACGACACCUGAUGAAGGUGAAGCUCCAGAAGUACACUAAGUUCCUGUUCGUCAGAGAUCCGUUCGUCCGCCUCAUCUCAGCGUAUCGGAACAAGUUUGAGCAGCCCAACGAGGAGUUCUACCGCCGAUUCGCUCUGCUCAUGCUCCGUCGCUAUGGUAACCACUCUGAACCUCCCGCGGCAGUGGGCGACGCGUUUCCUGCGGGAAUCCGCCCCUCCUUCUCAGAGUUCGUCCAAUACCUACUGGACCCCAAGACGGAGAGCGACGCCCCCUUCAACGAGCACUGGAGACAGGUCUACCGGCUAUGCCACCCCUGUCAAAUACAGUAUGACUUUGUGGGUCAGCUGGAGACGGUUGAGGAGGAUGCUGAACAGCUGCUGAGGGUUUUGAAGGUGGACAACGUGGUUGACUUCCCCCCCUCUCACAGGAACCACACGGCCAGCAGCUGGCAGGAGGACUGGUUCAGCAGGGUGCCCCUAGUGGCCAGGAGGGGUCUCUACAGGCUGUAUGAACCAGACUUCAGACUGUUUGGCUACUCCAGACCAGACUCCCUGCUAGACUGACUGACUACAACUACACUCAGAAAAAAUGGCUUUUCUAAAAGGGCUCUUUUCUUGUCCCCAUAGGAGAACCCUUUUUGGUCCCAGGUAUAACUUUUUGGUGGUGAAACAGGUUCUACUUAGAACCUUUUAGUGAUGAAACUGUUCCACGUAGAACCUUGAAUUAAUUAAACCGUUCUACUUGGAACCAAAAAUAGCUAUUGUCAGUGGGUUCUCCUAUGGGGAAAAUCUAAGAAUCCUUUAUGGUUCCAGGUUGUACAUUAUUUUCUAAGACCAGCAUCUUCUGCUCCUGUUCUAGACUCAGCAGGAGAACAGAGGAAAGUUAGAGUUAGGUUCAGCUUACUUUGGAGAAGACUUGGACUCCUGACUGCUGGAACCCUGGUGGCUUUGAUGUCUCCAUGGAACCCUGGUGUCUGUCAUGUCAUCAUGGAACCUUGGUGUCUGUCAUAUCAUGGAACCCCGGUGUCUGUCAUGUCAUCAUGGAACCCCGGUGUCUGUCAUGUCAUCAUGGAACCCUGGUGUCUGUCAUAUCAUCAUGGAACCCCGGUGUCAUCAUGGAACCCCGGUGUCAUCAUGGAACCCUGGUGUCUGUCAUGUCAUCAUGGAACCCUGGUGUCUGUCAUGUCAUCAUGGAACCCUGGUGUCUGUCAUGUCAUCAUGGAACCCUGGUGUCUGUCAUGUCAUCAUGGAACCCUGGUGUCUGUCAUGUCAUCAUGGAACCCUGGUGUCUGUCAUGUCAUCAUGGAACCCCGGUGUCAUCAUGGAACCCUGGUGUCAUCAUGGAACCCUGGUGUCUGUCAUGUCAUCAUGGAACCCUGGUGUCUGUCAUGUCAUCAUGGAACCCUGGUGUCUGUCAUGUCAUCAUGGAACCCUGGUGUCUGUCAUGUCAUCAUGGAACCCCGGUGUCAUCAUGGAACCCCGGUGUCUGUCAUGUCAUCAUGGAACCCCGGUGUCUGUCAUGUCGUCAUGGAACCCCGGUGUCUGUCAUGUCAUCAUGGAACCCGGAUGGAACCCUGGUCACUACUGAUCAUCCUAUGAGGAGUUGGACUGUUUGGGAAUUCGUUGUUUUCUAGUUGUUUUUAUGUUCACUUUUUUUCAGCGUUAAAGUUAAGCAUGAAAGGGAUUUUUUAUGUUUUAUGUUUUAAUGUGGAAAGGAAAUGCCUUGUUUCACAGUGACCGAUGCCAACAUUAUCACCCUUCUAUAAGGAAGCCAUCAGGACCUGAGGAGUUGUAGGCUUAUGUUGAAGGGAAUGAUUUUCUGAAACAAACCCAAUGGGUGUGCUACUACUGGAAGCAUGGGGAAACAUGUUACCGGAUAAAAAGAGGAAGACAGGGUUAGACAGGAGGUUGGGGUUAGACAGGAGGUUGGGGUUAGACAGGAGGUUGGGGUUAGAGAGGAGGUUGGGGUUAGAGAGGAGGUUGGGGUUAGAGAGGAGGUUGGGGUU